UAUUGUGUGUAAGUAUGUGUAUCUGCAUGUGGGUGUCUGCAUGAGAGAGGCCAGAAGAGGGAGUCAGAGGCUGGGGUUAGAAACAGGUGCUGGGUUCCAAACUUGGAUCCUCUUAAGGACUAACACAUGCUCUUAACCCCUGAGCUGUCUCUCCAGCCCCGAAUCUACUUUUUUUUUUUUUUCAGACAAGGUAUUGAUAUGUUGCCCAGGUUGGUCUCGAACUGAUGAAUUAAAGUGAUCCUUUUCACUGAGAUGGCAGGUACAUAGCCCUGCACCUACAUAAAUACCACUUCUUGUCCCUGAAUACCAUGUGACACUGGAGAAUCUUCCUUCAGGCAGGGCGGUGUGAAGAUGCCAUGGACUCAUGGACCUUACAUAGGUUUUCUUCCCCAGUGACCACCAUGACUCCCAGAACAACAGGGCCGUUCUUGAUGAGUUCUAGGAAGAAAGGGAGUACAAAGGACAAAGCCUCCUGCCCAGUAUCCAGGAGCUGAGCAUGCCAGUGUCCCUUAAGCAUCCACAUGCAUAUAUACACACAUAUUCAUGUCACUCCCAUCAUGUGGGACCCACUUAGGAGACAGCCAGAAGCAGGGAGCCACUGAGCAUGUGUAGUCCCCUCCCUACCCAGUACGGCUACUUAAAAGUGUGGAGGAAUCCUGCCUGUGUGACACUCAUUCCUUUGCGCUUCAUCAGACAUUGAGCAGUCAGCCCCUGAAGGGCAGCUCCAGGCUGGAUCUAUGCUGGGCAGGAGAGCGGCAGCGAGCGGACCAGGCAGCGAGCGGGCCAGGCAGCGAGUGGGCCAGACUGCAGUGUUAAGGAUUGAGUAGCACUGGAAGUCCGGGGAGAAGUCCCAGAGCGUUCCCUGCCCUUAACUUCUCUGAGCCCAAGCAGGUACCGCUUUGCCUUACAAUGGACUCCCCUUCAGGGCCCAGAGCCCCACCAGGCUUAACUCAGGGCCCCAACUUGAUGGCCAGCCCUGCCCUACACAGCCAUUGGAACAGCACUCAGAACGUCUCUGCAAGAGCCCAGCUUCUACCUGUAAGCCCCACGGUGUCUGGACCUGAGGCUGCUGCCUGGGUCCCCUUCCCCACGGUCAAUGUCCCAGACCAUGCUCACUAUAUCCUGGGUACGGUGAUCCUGCUGGUGGGGCUUACAGGGAUGCUGGGCAACCUGACAGUCAUCUACACCUUCUGCAGGAACAGAGGCCUGCGGACACCGGCCAACAUGUUCAUCAUCAACCUCGCAGUCAGCGACUUCCUCAUGUCAUUCACUCAGGCCCCCGUCUUCUUUGCCAGCAGCCUCUACAGGAAGUGGCUCUUUGGGGAGACAGGUUGCGAGUUCUAUGCCUUCUGUGGGGCUGUCUUCGGCAUCACGUCCAUGAUCACCCUGACCGCCAUAGCCCUGGACCGCUAUCUGGUGAUCACACGUCCACUGGCCACCAUCGGGAUGGGAUCCAAAAGACGGACAGCACUUGUCUUGCUGGGUGUCUGGCUCUAUGCUCUGGCGUGGAGUCUGCCACCCUUCUUUGGCUGGAGUGCCUACGUGCCCGAGGGGCUGCUGACGUCCUGCUCCUGGGACUACAUGACCUUCACGCCCCGGGUGCGCGCCUAUACCAUGCUGCUCUUCUGCUUCGUCUUCUUCCUCCCCCUGCUCAUCAUCAUCUGCUGCUACGUCUUCAUCUUCAGGGCCAUCCGAGAGACAGGCCGGGCCUGUGAGGACCGCAGUGAGUCCCCUCAACGGCGGCGGCAGUGGCAUCGGCUGCAGAGUGAGUGGAAGAUGGCCAAGGUCGCACUGAUUGUCAUCCUCCUCUUCGUGCUCUCCUGGGCUCCCUACUCCACUGUGGCCCUGGUGGCCUUUGCUGGGUACUCGCACGUCCUGACGCCCUACAUGAGCUCGGUGCCAGCUGUCAUCGCCAAGGCUUCUGCCAUCCACAACCCCAUCAUUUACGCCAUCACCCACCCCAAGUACAGGGCAGCCAUUGCCCAGCACCUGCCCUGUCUCGGGGUCCUUCUUGGAGUGUCGGGCCAGCACAGGCACCCCUCCCUCAGCUACCGCUCUACCCAUCGCUCGACACUGAGUAGCCAGUCCUCCGACCUCAGCUGGAUCUCUGGACGGAAGCGUCAAGAGUCCCUGGGUUCUGAGAGUGAGGUGGGAUGGACAGACACAGAAGGAACAGCUGCGUGGGGAGCCGCCCCACAAGCAAGUGGACCAUCGUCCUGCAGUCAAGACCUGGAAGAUAGGGAAGUCAAGGCUCCUUCCAGCCCCCAGGUACAGGAAUCCAAGACUCCCAGGGUGCCUGGACCUAGUACCUGCCAAUCUGUGAAAGGGUAGGGAGCCAGGCCAAGCAGCCUGAAAGGCAGCCUUGCCGUGUGAACAGACCUCUCAGAAUAA